UUUACAAUUUACAACCGAAGAAUGAACUCGCCGGUAUUAUUUAUCUUAUUUUCCACUUUCCUUUAUUGUCCAGUUCUCUCCGAAGACUAUUAUGAAUUAUUAGGAAUAGAUAGAGACGCUAGUCAUAAAGACAUUCGGAAAGCGUUCAAAAAGCUAGCCCUAAAACUUCAUCCUGACAAAAACAAGGAUGAUCCAAAAGCACACGAAAAGUUUACAGUGAUAAACAAGGCUUACGAAGUUUUAAAAGAUGAAGAACUUCGUAAAAAGUAUGAUUUAUAUGGUGAGGAUGGUUUGAAGGAUGACCAUUUUGGUGGAGGACAUUAUCAAAGCUGGAACUAUUUUAAUGAAGAAUUUGGUAUCUACGAUGAUGACGCAGAGAUUAUCACAUUAAGCCAUUCAGAUUUCGAGGUGUCAGUAGAAGGAAGUGAAGACAUAUGGUUUAUCAACUUUUAUUCACCUUUCUGUUCACAUUGCCAUGAUUUAGCACCAACAUGGAGAGAAGUUGCUCGGGAACUUGAAGGAGUGAUCAGAUUUGGUGCUGUCAACUGCCAAGAAGAAUGGAAUUUGUGUCGACAUCAAGGGAUCCCAAGCUACCCCUCCCUUGUGCUUUAUCCUACAUAUGAAUUCCAUCGUGGUCCAAGAAACACAGAAGCCCUUGUUAAGUUCAUACUAGACAAUCUGGAAGUUAACCUGUUUGAUUUAUGGGAAGGUAACUUUGAGAAGCAGAUAAACAAAGGCGAUGAACCUUGGUUAAUUGACUUUUGUGUCGUUGGAGGAGACUGCCUUGAUUCAGAUACAAGAAUUAAGCUUUCUGCUAUUCUGGAUAACUUGGUGAAUGUUGGUACUAUUGAUUGUGGGGCAAGUGCUCAGCUGUGUAAAGACGUGGGCUACAGUGAUGACUUGGUGUUUUUCAAAGGAGAUGUAGGACCAGGUAAAGGAGAGGUUAUUGACAGUUUAGAUGCCCAAGAUAUUGUCAGUAUGAUUUUAAAGAAGCUACCUGAUCCUGUUAAUGUAAACUUGAAGAAAUUUGAGGAACUUAGAGAAGAACUCUCCCAUACUACAGAACUUCCUUGGGUGCUACAUUUUGACAGGGGGCCCAUGACCAGCAUGGAAAUAAGAAAGCUGCCAGCAUUUACUUCAGAUAUAAAUGUUGGUCAUGUUGAUUGUGGUAAAGAAACAGAGAUAUGUCGCCGAGUUCACAUCAGAAAGUUUCCCAUGGUGGCUCUGUUCAAAACACAUGGAUACUAUGAGUGGCAUCAUGUGGUGUCCGCCUUGUAUGCGUCUGUUACCUGAAUACAGAAAAGCAGCUCGAUCAUUUGAAGAUCACGAAGUUGGUUUUGGUACCGUAGACUGUACGAUUCAUUCUAACUUAUGUCAUAUGUAUAACAUUCGCUCUUAUCCAACUACGAUAUUGUACAAUAACACCCAUCCUCAUCAAUUUACGGGCCACCACACAGCAGCUGAUUUGGUGGAGUUUAUCGAGAACACCCUGAAACCUUCAGUUGUACAGCUGACGCCUGAAACAUUUAAGUCUUUGGUUGGGGAAAGGAAGAAAGGAGAAACGUGGCUGGUGGAUUUUUAUGCUCCCUGGUGUGGACCGUGUAAUGAACUGGCUCCCGACUGGAACAAACUGGCCAAGCAAAUGCAAGGAGAAGCUGGUGUUGGUUCAGUGGACUGUCAAAAGUACCGAUCAUUGUGCCAAGAGCAAGGAGUGAAUUCAUAUCCUACCAUUCGUCUCUAUCCUCACUAUUCCCAAGGAUCCCGCACCUAUGUUUGUUAGAGGGCCGCGUCAAAACUGGUAAAGUGGAUUGUGAACAGGAUUACCAUGUGUGUUCAGAAGCUGAUGUCCGAGCAUACCCAACUGUCAAGUUAUACCUCGGUUCACCAGGACCUGGAAUGAAUCAGCCAGUUAACGGACACAUGAAUAUAGAAUCUCAAAAUCCAAACGAGAUACGGGACAUAGUGCUUCAAGCCUUGGAGGAAUACAAGGCGGACUUGGAAGACGAAGCUAUCGAAGAAAGAAGAAAGACAAAGACGAAACCAAAAACGGUGAGACGUUUGGAUUAGCUUUCUGCACUGUUGUCUUUAGAUGUAAAACAUCAAUUCUCUGCAGCACGUUUAUCGUAAUUUACGGGGCGGGGCGGGGACGCUUAAACGAUGACUCGCCCCCUCAGCCUUGCCUGAGAAACGCAAAAGAAAAAGGGAAAAAUUCGUUUAUGCUCGAGAAGAAUUGACGUAUUGUUUUGUGGUCGCUCUUGCUGAUCUAAUUUGGCGGCUCUGCGACUGAAUCUGAAAGGGAACAGUCAAAUUUUCAUAGUGUUGAAAAAAAGGAGAACAGGAAGGACUACACUAAAAAAUUAACUUUUCUUUUGAAUAACCAGAAAUAAGUCGUCAAAUGAAAGAAUUCAUUUCGAGCUCAAAACAACAAAACCAAGAUGGCUGCUACACGACAAAAGGAGUACCGUAGCCCGCAGUCCUCAGCGGCAAAAACCACAAAAGGGCGGGAAAACGAGUAGUUUUUGAACAAAUCCUUCUUUAACAAUAAUCUCUUGCUGGAAGAAUAACUCUGACCAUACUAUAUGGAGGUAGUUGUGUGCCUUUAAUGUUCCGAAGAUUUGGUUUAUUUGGUUGAUUUGUCUUGUCUUUUUUUUUGUUCUAGAAGAGCAAAAAGAAGAAAAACACACCGGUACAUGAUGAAUUCUAGACGACUGAAAAAACAACUCUCUAAGAUCACAAGAGUGUUAUUUAGGGCACACUCAGGAUUGGGUCUUUUUUAGAAAUUCGUGACCCUGUGUCCAUGAUUAAAGCCUUAGUUUGGCUAUAUUACCUGCCCACGUUGCUUUGCACAUAAAAGUCGAGAUUUUAUAGAAAAAUAAAAGGAAUUUUUAUUGGUA